AUGAAUAUAACUUAUUGGGCUAUGGCAUUAUUAAGUACAACAUUAAGUGAAGAUGGUUUUACUGGUUAUUUCUUAUCUGGUUUCAUUGAAUUACCUGGUGGUUUGUUAGCCGUAGUGUUAUUGCUUAAAUUUGGAAGACGUACCGUUACAGUAUGGUCAUUCACAAUGCAAUUUGUAUUAUUUUUCCUAACUGUAUUUUUUCCAGGUACUGGAAUAAUACAAAUAACACUUGCUGUGAUAGCUAAAUUUUUCAACAGUUUUCUUUGGGUCGCACAACCAUUAAUGAUUGCUGAAAUGAGUCCGACAACAGUACGCAAUAUAUUCUGUGGAACGGUAUCAUUCUUUGGUGUCAUUGGUGCUGUUAUUGCACCUUACUUACCUUUACUUUUAAGUUUUGCUAAACUGCGAUUUCAUUUCUUUACGGCACUUCUGAUUCUCAAAGCGUUAAAAUUUGACUCUUGUAUUUUAGAGUUCAUGAUUGAAUUGUUGAAUUUGUCGGGAAACCCAGAGUUUCGUGAUAUAAAUUUUCGUGGACCGAAGCAUCAUACACGGUUCGCAAUGUUGUUGUUGAUUCACGAAGUAUUAACUCCAAGUUUAUGCUCGGAGUUAAUACUUUCUGAUGAGAAAACUAUCAGUCCAGAAGCGCCAAAAGUGACAGUAUCGAUAGUUUCUCUGGCAGCAGCAAUAGUUCUACUGACAGCACCUGAGACAAAGGAUCUUCCGAUGCCAGAAGAUGUAAAUGACUUCGAUCCAGGACGCUUCCUACAACUGUUCGGAUAUCAGAAACAAAGAAAGCAAAGUGUUUUUAUGGCAGCUGAGAAUGCAGCAAUCUUCGAAGAAUGGACAACGGUUUGUUUAUCAUUACUAGCCUUCCUCGUCUUGAAAGUGAUAAUCCAAGAUGUUUAUUGUUUUUUCUCUUAA